AAAACAACUACUGGCAGCAUUUUAUUUAUUAAGUGUUUACUGUGUGUUCCAAAGGUUGGGGGAGGGGGCAGACAUUCACCAAGAAAGGUCUCAGCGACCCUACACGCAGGACGCUCCCAAUCCAAGUGGAGACCCCGACCACCUAUAAACUUCGUGUGUUACUAGGGACAUACAGGAAAUGUUAGAUUCUUGUAAGAGUCCUGCUCCUUUUUUUAUAAACUUCUCCAGAAUCAAGCAGAUUAAAGAUUUGAAAGCUGAAAUCAGACAGAAGACUUUGGAACUUGACCUCUUAACAUUAGAAAAGGAUACAGCAGAUGUUGUUCAUCCUUUCUUUCUAGCUCAAAAGUGUGAGGCCCUGCAAAACAUGAAUCAGCACUUGGAGACUGUGCUGAAGGAAAAGAAAGCCCUCAGACAUCGACUGAUGAAGCCCUUGUGCCAGGAGAACUUGGCCAUUGAAGCCAUUUACCACAGGUAUGUGGUACAAUUGCUGGAUCUGGCAGUGAAUUUCAUUGAGAAACUAGAAUCCCAUGUUGAGACCAUAAGAAACAUUCCUUGUUUAGACUCCAGUGUGAAAAAUAUGGAUAGGGCUUUGACAAGAAUGACUGUCUUGGAGGGAGAGACAGAGCAACUGAUAGAAAACAUAUUGAAGUGGAGAGAGCAACAAAAGGAAAUUUCUUCUUCUAUCACCAAAUUGUUUUCUGAAGAUCUCUUCAAAAAAAGCACAAGACUGUAACCACUCUUCCACCUUUCAGACCCAAACUCAGAGCCAUCUGACUCUUGAUACCAAAUGAUGAUGGAUGAUUUUAUUUCUGUUUACCAACAUGUGGGGUUGAUGUCCAUUCAUAACAGAAGAAUUUACAGGCUUUCUUGCUAAUUCUACUCAUGAAACCUCUUUUUCUUAGUUUUAUUUGAGUCCAUUGUGACCAAAACUGAUUUUACCUCCUUUUUUUUCCAUAUAAAUGGAUUGAUGUAUUUAACAUAAAGGAUAAUGCAUUUGAUCCGCACAGACUACACAUGGGUGUGACAAGAAACCAGUUGCCUAAAUCUAUUUACAGUAGUUACCCUACUCACAACAGAUCAUCCAAACUAGGGGAAAUCUUUACAAGCAGAAAGCUAGUUGAAUCUGACAUUGCUUCUACUGACUAGGUUGAGAGUUAUCUCUGAAUGGUCUACAGGAGUAGUCAUGGAGGAAGAAAAAGAACUAAGAACAAGUAAUUUGAAGAAAAAUGGGACAAGAAAGGGGCAGAUUGUAGGAAUUGGCACUAAUAAUUGCUUCAGACACAUCUGAUCCUACUGGUGCCAUAAAUAUCCUCUCCUAUUUUUGUUUUUUAUUAAAUAGAAAGUAAUCGGCAUUUCUGCAGUUCUGAUAUCUGCCUUCAUACCUCAACACUCACUCACCUACAUAGUCAGAAGAUUCAGUUUAUACAUCUGCUAACUUAUAUAGGUAUUAUAAAAGCACCUUGUAUCAGAUGACUUUACUACACAGUGUAAAGUAUGAAGUCAUUAAGAACCCAAUCACUCUUUUUGAAAUCCAUUUUCCUGGUAAAUUGAUGUGUAUCUCCAUGUUGAGAUCUAAUGGUUUUGAUCAUAAUUAUCCCCGUUUGUUACUCAACUUAAAACCCCAUUAUUUCCAGAAAUAUUUUAACAUUAAUCUUUGUCUCUAAAACAUCAUACUGUCAGGAUUUUUUUUCUGUGUGAUUGAGGUAAAUUGUGUUAGCUGAUUUUGAUGUCUUUUCACUUGCCUAUCUCUGUUCAUUUGUUUUUAUUGAAUUUAAUAAAAUCAACCAACAUAAACAUUUUUCUAUCCAAAGAACAGAAAAAAAAAGGACUACAUGUAAAACUGUAUAUCUCUACUCUGCCAGGUAAUUAUAAGCUCUCUUCCAUUCGAUUGUCAUCUAUGGCAGGGACUUUUUUCCCUUCCUUUGAAUCCUCAGAGCUUAGCACAGAGCCUGGCACAUAACAAGUGCCUAAUAAAUGCUUCUUGAUUUGCCUGAA